GGUGGAGAGGGAGAAAGCGAGCGAAAGACGGAGAGCGCGAUAACAUAUUUUCAUUCUGCGCAUACACCAUUCAUGCGGAGCAGGAAUCGAGGGGAAAGUUCAGAAUAGCGAGAGCUCUCCAUCGUGAUUCGAAGAAUAGGGAGAUCCGGAGUUGUACUUAUAUACGUGUGCACGCAUACACACGCGACUCGCGCGUGUUAUGGCGUGCUGUCAAAAUAGAGAGCGUAGAGCUUCACGAAGAUCGUGCGAUUCUCCCUCUUUCGUUAGUGCGCUCAAAUAAUAAUAUCCCGCUGCGAUAAGGACACAAAUCCGCUGGAACGAAGUACGAAAAUCACGUUGCGCAAGUGGCGGGGACAUCAAGCAAACUUAUACUAUGUUUGUGUAUUUUCGCCCCGACGAAAACGCGAAUCCAAGGUCCCACUGUACUAAGGACACAAAAUUCGUUAGAAUCAAGUUGGAAGAAAAUCUCACUCUUACGAGUGACAUGUAAAGGAAAACAACGCAUACAUAUCUUGUUCCAACCGGGUAAGAGCUUCGAGAAGGAGAGAGAAAUCAGGACAGCAACAGUGUCUGAUUUUUGCUUUCGGAAUCGAACGAGGAUAUAUAUUACGCAUCAAAGUGAUAAACAAAUCUACAGUAUCAUCUUUUUGUUUUCAAAUUUCACUCUUUGAAUUUAGAUCGUGACAAAACAUAAUGCACAGUUGAUGAUUGUGAAAUUUGACGACACUUUGGAGUCACCGUAAACACAACUUAUCGUUCAUGUGCUAAUUUUAUGUGUAUCCAACUACACGCGUCUUUUUUAAGCAUCGAAAUAGUUAAACUCGAUUAAAAUGGAGCCAGCAGGACAGAAUCCACUACCUAAUGCCUUGAAUAAUAUUGGCGACAAUUCCGACACUAAGGGCAGCUGCUUGUUACUUCGCUAUGCAAGCCAAAAUUCUCUAGAUGAAAGCUCACAGAAACACAUUCCUCGUGAGAGUGGAAAGGACAAGCCACCAUAUAGGAAUCAUCAUCAUACGAAUCGAGCCUUUGAUGUUAUUAAUGAGAUGAGAAAGAAAAAUUUACUCUGCGACGUCAUCUUAGUAGCAGACAGUGGUAUGGAGGUUCCUGCGCACAAAAUGGUUCUCGCUGCAUGUAGCCCUUAUUUCUAUGCCAUGUUUACAAGUUUCGAGGAACGUGAUCAGGAGAGGAUAACGUUGCAAGGCGUGGAUUAUUCGGCGUUAGAGCUAUUGGUGGAUUAUGUUUAUUCUGCAGAAGUUCAUGUUACGGAGGAUAAUGUACAGGUGCUUCUUCCUGCUGCGAAUUUAUUACAAUUGACAGACGUUCGAGAUGCCUGUUGCGAUUUUUUACAAGCUCAAUUGCACCCUUCUAAUUGUCUCGGUAUAAGAGCAUUUGCGGAUUUGCACGGAUGUCUCGAGCUGUUGACGCACGCGGAUAGCUACAUCGAGCAGCAUUUUUCAGAAGUUGUUGAUGCGGAAGAAUUCUUGACCCUGGCAGCUGAUCAAGUAGCGAAGCUUAUUUGUAGCGAUCGUUUAAUGGUACCUUCCGAAGAGAAAGUAUUUGAAUGUGUCAUUUCAUGGGUGCACCAUGAUCUCGAAAAGAGGCAGACUGAUUUAGCUCUGUUAAUGGAGUAUGUGCGCUUACCUUUGCUGUCUCAAGAAUAUUUAGUACAACGUGUAGAGGAGGAACCACUUCUCAAAGCGAAUUUACAAUGCAAGGAUUUCUUGAUUGAAGCCUUAAAAUAUCAUUUAUUGAAAGGAGAGCAAAAAUCGUUGUUUAAAACACCACGUACCAAACCGAGGCAACCAAGAGGCUUGCCCAAAGUAUUGCUCGUUGUCGGUGGUCAAGCUCCAAAGGCGAUUAGAAGUGUCGAGUGUUAUGACUUUAAAGAGGAAAAGUGGUAUCAAGUUUCGGAAUUACCAACACGACGUUGUAGGGCUGGGCUUUGUGUUCUCGGCGGACGUGUGUAUGCCGUUGGUGGAUUUAAUGGAUCACUAAGAGUACGAACGGUCGAUAUUUACGAUGCCGCGGCAGAUCAAUGGUCACCCUGUCCCGAGAUGGAAGCGAGGAGAUCGACACUCGGUGUAGCAGUGCUUGGCAAUUGCGUUUACGCUGUCGGUGGUUUUGAUGGCUCAACCGGGUUGAAUUCGGCCGAAGUAUAUGACCCGCGUGCUCGCGAGUGGAGACCGAUAGCGCGAAUGUCAACGCGGCGCAGUAGCGUAGGAGUGGGAGUUGUCAAAGGAUUGCUUUAUGCAGUUGGUGGCUAUGAUGGAGAAUCUCGUCAAUGUCUCUCCAGUGUCGAGUGUUAUAACCCAGAAAAAGAUCAAUGGAAACCUGUACCAGAGAUGUCCGCGCGUCGUAGCGGUGCAGGUGUCGGUGUCCUGGAUGGUAUUUUAUAUGCAGUGGGAGGUCAUGAUGGUCCACUGGUUCGUAAAAGCGUAGAAGCAUUUAAUCCAGAGACCAACCAAUGGACUCCCGUCAGUGACAUGGCUCUUUGUCGUCGUAACGCCGGUGUCGUGGCAUUGAACGGACUUUUGUACGUUGUGGGUGGAGACGAUGGUUCUUCCAGUUUAGCAUCGGUAGAAGUUUAUUCUCCAAGAACCGAUACUUGGACUACCUUGCCGACUUGCAUGGGAGUGGGACGCAGUUACGCGGGUGUAGCUAUUAUCGAUAAACCGAUGGCUCCCGCGAUGACAAUGUGAGGUCUACAAUCCGCUGGGCAUUCGACAGAACAGAACACGGACCCGGGUGCCGAGAUAUCGGACUCGUCACGGGAAGCCGGGCCCAGCGGUGUGCAAAAUCGCGGCGGGAGUCACAAUUGUCAGGGACCACGUUGCGUUUGUCAGAGAUAUGAGAAUGGCGAAUUAGCUGCGGUGAUUAUGAAUCAAGGUAGAAAUAAUAAUCAAGAAAGGGAGGACGGUUAUCAAAACGCUGGUCACGCAGCGGCACGCGCUUUUCCACAAAAUCGCCCCAAUAACAAUGCGCUACAGAUUCAUCCGAAUUUGAAUCCAAAUUAUCAAAAUCCGAUCGACUUGAUCCGCAAUUACAAUCGUCGACUGCAGCAGCAGGAACCGGAGGAGAAUAUUUACGAACGUUUGGACGACGACGAGGACGGUAAUGAAAACGCGGAGGUUCCUCGGAACGAACCACUAGCUCAAAACAAUCCAAGCAACGCGGAUAAUCAUACGUACGAGAGAAUAAACGAACGGAUAUCGUGCAGCAGUAGAGCGCACUGUCGUUACAAAUAUCAUGUACCUCAUAGUUUCCUGAAUGACGUGGAUGGUAGCAGAAAUGCGAGUCAAUACGAUCAACCGAGACACAUCUAUAUCGAUUAUUCUCGACUGAGUGGUAACUUACAUCAAAGCUCCUUGAGCAGAUUAGGUCGUAAUUGCUUUUCUACGGAAAACAUCGCAUACGCUUCCACGAGACGUUCCACGCAUCCAUUCGCGUACAAUUGCACGUGUCCUUAUUGUAGACACGCGGACGCGAGAUACAUCUGCCAUCAUUGUAAUAAUCUACACAAUAGAUCACGGUAUCAGGACGCCACUAAUUCCAGGCACUACGUGUAUCAAGUCUCGAGAAAUUGCAGAUGUCCGUUUUGUCGCGGCGAAUACUCUUACACCAAGUUCCCCGUUAACGCUCUUCGCGCCGCUGAACUAUUUAAAAUGGAGUGUUGCCACUGUAGAAAUCCCGCUAAUUGCACUUGUCGCGGUAAAAUUCUGUCCGAUUCGAAUUCCGCUAUUUACAUUGGACGGUACCUGGAUUGGAUUAAUCGGACAAAUCAGUCCGUCAAUAAUCCUCUGUACGCCAUGAUCCACGUCGGUAGGAUGGAUCGCGGUUCGAUGCUUCCUGGUCACGGGAACGCAUCCAACAGCGGGAAUCCGUCAAACGCGGAUCCUGGCCCUUCGACGUCGUCCUCUAAUGCAACAUCCAGAUCCGGCGAGUCGAGUCAAUCGUCCUCGAUCUUGCGAUCUGUAUUCGCUCCCGGCACUUCCACGUCGAACGCCUCUAUCUGCCCCGUAAACCGAUACGUAGAACGUCAACAUACUUGCGACGACUCUUGUAUUCGCAGCCAAAGUGGUAAUCUGGCCGGUAUAUGUCAGCUCCUCGGUAGAUGCGAGAGAACGGAGUGCAAUCACGGAAGACUUUCGGUACAUUGGUGGUUCGUGAAUAAGUGGCUUCCCUUAUGGAACUCUCACAAUCUUGAUAGGAACGUGGACGAUAGGUCUUGUCACGUAGACGAAAUAUCACGAGAACAGCGAGAGAGCGACAGCGAUGAUUCAUAAAUCGAAGAAUCUUUCUUCACCAUUUGAGUAGACCUGUCUUGUCUGUGUUCCAAAUAUCCAAUACAUCUUCCACUUGAUUCCCACUAUUUGUUAAUCAUACUUGCUCGUAGCAUAAACUCGUAGUGACACUGAAAUAUUUCAAGCUUGCCGAAAAAUAUGGAGAUAGUUUAGCAAUAUAAUAAUAAGCAUACAUCCUCCUUCCCUUUGUGAGACAAUAAAUUCGUAUAUCUCGACUUUGAAAUAUUUAAUGGACAUUAUUAGAAGGACUUUUUUUCAUUCAUUUU